GACUAUUUAAACAGUUAGACGGUUGCAAACAGGCCGUAUGGAUAGCCCAGCGCUUGAAGUCGUGUCCUUGACUGGCUGGCGUGAAGUAUCAGUUUCCUAGAGCACUCGUAACUUUCAGAAAUCGCAGCGUGCUCGUAACGGUUUUCUGCCUCGAGUUAUGCCCCGGGAUGCGGACUUAAACAGCGGAUGUUAACUUACAGCAGGACCGUUUUGUUGUCGUGAUUGUUGAUUUAACAGUCAAGGAGCAAUUUAGUGGCAAUUUAACAGAGACUCAUAUUUGAUUAUCGGCAUUGGUAAUUACAUUGUUAACAUAGAAAGACUAGUCCAGGAUAUACGGUUUAUAUUGAGGGGUACGAUUUCCGAUGGCGGCGGCGACUGGAGGCUUACAGCACUGGGGGGACUACCUGGCCAUUACGCUCUACUUUGUGGUGGUGCUAUCGGUCGGAAUAUGGUCCAUCUGCAGGGCAAGACGAUCCAGUGUGAAGGACUACUUUUUGGCAGGAAGAAGUGUCACGUGGUGGCCGAUUGGGCUUUCAUUAUUUGCAAGUAAUAUCGGCAGUGAACAUUUUGUUGGACUCGCUGGAACUGGUUCUGCUUCUGGCUUUGCCGUCAUCGCGUUUGAAUGGAACGCCAUCAUCCUACUGUUGAUGCUGGCUUGGAUCUUUCUACCCAUGUAUUUCGCCAGUGGGAUCUACACCAUGCCGGAGUACCUGUCCCGCAGAUACGGUGGCCAGAGACUGAGGAUAUACCUGAGUGUGCUGGCUCUCGCUACCUAUAUCUUCAACAAUAUAUCCACACUAUUGGCCUACGUGGAGCGGCCCAACUCUGUGGGAACUCUCGCUGAUUGCACAUUUAUUCGAGUUGGCGGAUGGGAGGCUUUAUAUACAAAAUACAUGGCGGCCGUUCCAUCAUCCGUCCUCAACCAAACUUUCAACAUAACCGCUAGGUGCGGUUUUCCAAGAGAAGACGCAUUCCAUAUCUUCAGGGACCCGGCUGGAAUGGACUACCCGUGGAUUGGGCUCAUGUUGAGGACUUCUCUGGUCGGCAUGUGGUAUUGGUGCGCCAACCAGGUCAUAGUACAGCGUAGUCUAGCCGCCAAGUCCAUCACCCACGCCAAGGGGGCCUCCAUAUUGGCCGGCUACCUCAAGAUCAUCCCGCUAUUCAUCAUGGUGAUGCCGGGGAUGAUAGCCAGAGUGCUGUUUCCUGAUGAGGUUGGCUGCGCCACACCAGAAGCCUGUGAGGCGGUGUGUGGUAACACAGCUGGCUGUAGUAAUAUAGCCUACCCCUUGCUCGUACUGGAGGUGUUACCGUUAGGUCUGCGCGGUCUGCUAUUGGCUGUUAUGAUGUCGGCCGUGGUCAGUACUCUGACGUCAACAUUCAACAGCGCCAGCACAGUCUUCACCCUAGACCUUUGGAGGAGGUUUAGGAAAAGAGCAUCGGACGUAGAGACGUUAAUAGUCAGCAGGAUAUUCGUGGUAAUCCUCUGCGUCCUGGGAGUGUUGUGGAUGCCGAUCAUGCAGAACGCUCAGGGAGGGCAAUUAUUCCAGUACGCCACCGCCAUUACGGGGUACCUUCAGGCGCCUACCUGUGCCGUCUUUAUCAUGUCCGCCUUCUGGACCAGGGCAACAGAGCCGGGAGCAUUCUACGGUAUGCUGGGCGGACAGCUAGUGGGCAUCGUGCGCUUUGUUCUGGACUUUGCUUAUGACGAACCUAGCUGUGGAGAGCCAGACACAAGACCCCCCAUUGUGUCACAGAUACACUACCUGUAUUUUGCGGAAAUUCAGAUAGCCGUGGCGCUCUGCAUCGCCAUACCUAUUAGCUAUAUGACCAAACCACUUCCUAAAGAAAGGCUGGCCGGCUUAACUUUCUGGACGGUGAAGGAUAAACUACAAGAACAUAUCGCCCGAGCCAACGUGACGUCAACCAAUCUGGAAUACAUUGGAAGCGAGGCUAAUGUCAAGGACGUUAGUGAGGACAAGGUCACCUUUGAGGUCGAAAACAGCGGAAGCGACGAACAGGAAAAUGGACUUGAUUUGGAUAUUAAAAAAAGAGAGGAAGCGCCAGAGCCCUCCUGGCGGCUGUGGCUCCGCAGUCUAUGUGGCCUACCACCCAAGGGGUCAGCACAGGCCCACCACCAUUCCCUAAAACUGGUCCCGAUGUCACUGGACGAGACGCCAUUCUGGCGGAGGAUUACCAAUAUGAACGCUGUUGUCAUUUUGGUUGUAUUGGGCUUUUUGUACGGCUUCUUUGCCUGACGAACAUUUGGUUGUAAUAAAACUUUUGAGGCAUCUUCUCAAACAAAGUGAUUUCAGAGGACUAGACGUUUGAUUUUUAACUUAAAACAGAAUAUCUAAAUUGCUGUACUAGUAGUAAGUUCUGUUUAUGCCGAUAAACAUGUGUGAUGUUUGCAGAGAUAAAACUUUCUAUCGUUUUAAGGUAAUAAGUCAUUUUGUUUGGAACUCCGACUUCAAUACCCGGCGCCCAUAACACAUUGGCUGCAGAGAUCCUUAUUAACUUAAAGGAAAAAAUAAUGAUCUCAGUGGCAUCACCGGGCGCUUAAAUUAAUAAUAACUUAAGAGUUCAAGAUCUUAAGGACCUUUCAAGCACCCGCUAAUUACGAUGUAAUCUGUGCAUAAUUCAACAAUGCUGGCUAUCGAGUAUCUUUUCACUAUAAAGUUCACGUAUGAAGACAGUGAACAGA